UGGAAGUUGCUAGUUGCCUGCCUGCUGUUUGUGGUCCUUAUUGGCUGAUAAAAGAAAGGAACCAUACAGACUUUUGACUGGCACUGAGUACAUCGUUGGAAGGAAAAACUGUGCUAUUCUAAUUGAAGAUGAUCAGUCAAUCAGUCGAAAUCAUGCAGUGUUAACUGCUAAUUUUGCUGUGACCAACUUGAGUCAAACUGAUGAAAUCCCUGUAUUGACAAUCAAAGAUAAUUCUAAAUAUGGUACCUUUGUUAAUGAGGCAAAAAUGCAAAAUCACCUUCCCCAAACUUUGAAGACAGGGGAUAGAGUCACCUUUGGAGUGUUUGAAAGUAAAUUCAGAUGUGUCUGGGAAAACUGCUCUAAAUCAAGCUGUAUUGCAACUUGGAGGACUCACUGUGAACAGCUGGACAAAAGAAUGUACUCACCUUGUCAUGAUGUCAGUGAAAGUCACCAUGGAAAACCAUACAGACUUUUGACUGGCACUGAGUACAUCGUUGGAAGGAAAAACUGUGCUAUUCUAAUUGAAGAUGAUCAGUCAAUCAGUCGAAAUCAUGCAGUGUUAACUGCUAAUUUUGCUGUGACCAACUUGAGUCAAACUGAUGAAAUCCCUGUAUUGACAAUCAAAGAUAAUUCUAAAUAUGGUACCUUUGUUAAUGAGGCAAAAAUGCAAAAUCACCUUCCCCAAACUUUGAAGACAGGGGAUAGAGUCACCUUUGGAGUGUUUGAAAGUAAAUUCAGGGUAGAGUAUGAACCUUUGGUUGCCUGUUCUUCUUGCUUAGAUGUGUCUGGGAAAACUGCUCUAAAUCAAGCUGUAUUGCAACUUGGAGGACUCACUGUGAACAGCUGGACAAAAGAAUGUACUCACCUUGUCAUGAUGUCAGUGAAAGUCACCAUGGAAACGAUUUGUGCACUCAUUUGUGGAUGCCCCAUUGUAAAGCCAGAGUAUUUUACUGAAUUCCUCCAAGCAGUUCAGUCCAAGAAACAGCCUCCACAAAUAGAAAGGUAUAUUAUGUGUUUCUAAUUAACAACAUAUGACAGAAAAGAUGAGCGCAUUGACUUUCGGUUA